CACAGUCAUUUAUGAACCUGGCUUACAUUUUAUUCAUUUUGGACUUCUUCCCCACCGGGAGACUACCACAGUGCCUAUCAUUCUAGCCCGGGAGGCCAGGUGUGAAUUCAUGAAGAAGCAACUAACCAUGGUGAUGUGCAGUGGUUCUCAGCCGUCACCAACAAUCAGCAUCACUUGAAGAAGCCUGUUUAAAAUACAGAUUCCCAGGCCUCACGCCAGCCAUACUUGGGUUGGGCGAGGCUGGGAAGGUAUAGCAAAUGGUGCAGCGUCCCGAAGAGGGACGGCUUUACCAAAGGGAUAGUUGAGCUGCAUCUGGAAGGGGAGGUAUGAUUUGGUUGUGUGGAGGGGUAGGGGACUCACAGUCCUGCUUCACUGAAGGAGUCUGUGAAAAAUUGGGUUUGUAGAAAUAGUACGUGCAAGGUUUGGGGAGUUGAGGUAGGAAGGGCGUUUUGAAAGUGUGAAUGGAAAGGUCAGUUUGGACCACUGGGUUUGCAUGGCAGUGAUUAGAAGGAAGAUUGGAAGGCAUGGCCUCUGUGGGUUACAGAGCUCGCUGGGGUGCUCCCUCUUCCUCCUUCCCCCCUUCCCUCUUUCUCAUCCUCUUCCCUUCCCCUUUUACCUUCCCCGGGCCACCAUUUACACACAAUAUCUCAUUCCAUUUCUUAUAUCAAUAUUUUUAAGUGGAUAUUGUUUUUGUUAGUAUUUGGGUGAGGAGACCUGAGCCUCUGGCCAUGGUCACCUAGCUCGUACGAGUCUAAUGUGAGUAUGGUAAUCGUCUCACUCACCACUGAAGAUUCUUGAACGUGGGCAAGAAGCUGGGCUGGGGUUGGAGGGUUGUAGAAUUCGCAGGGUGGCCGAUGGAACCGUCUAAGGUAAGAUGGGGGUGGAUGGUGACGCGCACAGCCUUGAGUCAGAUGGUUUGGGUUCAAAUCCCAGCUUCAUUAUUUGCUAAGUGCGUGACCCUGGGCAAGUUGCUUGAUCUUGCUAAGCCUCAGUUCUCUCACCUGUAACGUGGGAACAGUAACACCCACCUCGUGGGGUUGCUGUGCACAUCAGUGAGGAGUACCUGGCACAGAGCAGUUGCUCACCACCUGGAAGCUCUUGUAAUCAGCUCCGUAAUUAGUCUCUGGGCUGUGGCUGUGCACCUGCAUCCCAUCCUUCAGCACGCUGGUUUCCAGGACACAGCCCCUCCUGGCUGGGCUUGUUUUAGGUGCUGAAAGUUUGCCACGUAAAUAUUUAUUGAAAACCUAGGCAUGGCCUAGGAACCAGUGACUCAAAACCUGUCCCUGAUGGAAAGGAGGUUUGGAGUGGGGGAUGAUUGGUGGUUAUGGGUUGUGCUCACCAGGUAAUAUAUGAAGAGGGAGGAUACUUGAAUCCAGAAGAGGAAGGGCCCUUCGUUACCAGGAGCUGAGAUGAGUGAGGGCUUGCCUGGAGGUUGGGGGUGACUGACAGUCUCUUCUGAGCCCAGGAAGUGGUAGUAGGGGCCCUGGCCAGCCUGGACCCUCCCACGCUAUGACUGGGGCUGUUGGGGCCCCUGUCCAUCUCUUUUCCAGGUGACAGUGGCAUGGCUGUGCCCCAGGCUUUCCCGCCGGGGCCCCUCCACGAGGGGGGUGCCCUGGUGGAGCCCCAGCCCUCCCCUCGAAGCUCGGCCGAGGGCUUCUUGGAGGAGGAGCUCCGGCUUAACGCUGAGCUGAAGCAGCUGCAGUUUUCUGAGCCUGUGGGCAUCAUCUACAAUCCUGUGGAGUAUGCGUGGGAGCCGCAUCGCAGCUACGUGACCCGCUACUGCCAGGGGCCCAAGCAAGUGCUCUUCUUGGGCAUGAACCCAGGACCCUUUGGCAUGGCCCAGACUGGGGUACCCUUUGGGGAAGUGAGUGUAGUCCGGGACUGGUUGGGCAUUGGGGGGCCUGUGCAGACCCCUCCCCAAGAGCACCCCAAGCGACCAGUGCUGGGACUGGCGUGCCCUCAGUCCGAGGUGAGCGGUGCCCGGUUCUGGGGCUUUUUCCGCACCCUCUGUGGACAGCCCGAGGUCUUCUUCCGUCACUGUUUCGUCCACAACCUGUGUCCUCUGCUCCUCCUGGCUCCCAGCGGCCGCAACCUCUCCCCCGCCGAGCUGCCGGCCAAGCAGCGAGAACAGCUCCUUGGGGUCUGUGACGCGGCCCUGUGCCGGCAGGUGCAGCUGCUAGGGGUGAGGCUGGUGGUGGGCGUGGGCCGCCUGGCCGAGCAGCGGGCGCGGCGAGCUCUGGCCGGCCUGAUGCCUGAGGUCCAGGUGGAGGGGCUCCUGCACCCCUCCCCUCGCAGCCCUCAGGCCAACAAGGGCUGGGAGGUGGUGGCCAAGGAGAGACUGAACGAGCUGGGGCUGCUACCGCUGUUAACGAAGUGAGCACCCCUGCGGCCGGCACAGGGCGUGUUCAAGGUCCUCUGGGUCCUUCGGGGCAAGCAGAUGGCCGCGCGCCUCCUGGACUGGAGCGACGAGGUCCCCCUCGGCUCCCUGGUUGCUGGGACCUGCCGCGGCAGUUUGGACACUAGUCCUGCUUGCCCUCCCGAUUCCUGCCCGCCUCACCUUCCUUUGAGCGUUGCUGCUUUGGUCUGUGGUACCCAGCCCCGCAGAGAGCCAGCACCUGCCAACUGCCCCACCUCAGUGUUUCCCUGGAGCCUCUCUUCGGCGGAGAGUGACCUGAACCGUGACUUCCGAGGUCAUUUUUGCUGUUUUAGAGGAAAGAUCCUGCCAGGAUCCCCACCCGUCCUCCUAGAAUGGCUUCCUUCAGCUCACCCCUUGCCUCACAGGGACCAGGACAAAGCGUGGGUCGUGGCUGCUGAGAGUGAGCUUCUGAUGGGAGACUGAGGCUGCAUGAGAGAGAGACAAUUCAGUGUGGCAGCGUGGGCAUGGCCAGGAGACCUGGAUUUCCGUGCCAGCUUUGAGACUUGUGCACUUUAUGACUUUGGACAAGUUGCUUGACCUCUCCAAGCCUCAGGAUCCUCGUCUAUAAAAUGGGUUCCCUGCCUCAUGGGGCUGGUGUGGGGAUUAACUGAGGUAACCCUUAAAAGUGCCUUGCGUACUGCCUGGCACGUGGGUGCUCAUUACACCUUUUCUAGCUUUCUUGCCCCCGGGUUGGGGAGGCACUGCACUACACUACACAGGAAGCCCCUCUGACCCAAAGACCCGGGUUGGGGUAGGGGUCUGGGCCUCCGCCUGUAGCCUGAGUGACGGGCAGAUUCUUGCCCCACCAGAGAUGGACUAAUGACUUUAUGACAAACCCAGCCUGUGAUGUUUCCAUCUAAGCAUUAAAAGCUCCUAAACCCUUU